ACGACUUAUAAAGCGCAGCAACUUCCUGCGGGAUAUAAACACAGCGUUGACAUUGGCCCCUCGUUUCUAAACGUCAAACAUGGUCACGCUGACUCUAAACUCAGUCAAACAAAUGAUGAGAGUCAUGGUGGAUAACCCGGGCUUCGACAGAGUCCUCAGUAAGGUGGAUGUUGUGUCCGCGAGCCCCGGGAAGGUGGUGUGCGAGAUGCGGGUGGAAGAGGAGCACACUAACCGGGCAGGGACGAUGCACGGCGGGAUGACGGCCACCCUGGUGGACAUCAUCUCGACCAUGGCCAUCAUGUACAGCGACAGAGGAGCCCCGGGGGUCAGCGUUGACAUGAAUAUAACGUACAUGAACGCCGCCAAGAUCGGGGAAGACGUGCUCAUCACGGCGCAGGUCCUGAAGCAGGGGAGAACGCUGGCGUUCGCCACCGUGGACCUCACCAGCAAAGCCACGGGGAAGCUCAUCGCACAAGGAAGACACACAAAACACCUCGGCAGCGGCUGAAGGGGCUCCUCCGCCCUGAAUGAAUACGUACACUACUUUCUGUAUUUUGCAGAAACAAUAGUUGUGGCCUUCUUGUUUCCCCUAACCGGUGUUGAUGUUGUCGGGAGCGGUGGGUGUUUUCUUGUACGUGCAAUAAAGCCAGCUGGACAAAGA